GAGAGACCUUUCGCCUCCACCAUGUCCUGGAGACAGGGCUCGCCUGCUGGAACAGCAGUUAUCCUGCCAGGAACGGACCAUAGCUUUCCUCCUCCGUGAGGCUUUCCAAAUCAAAGACGACAUCAUCACUUACCUCCAGGAAAGCACAGGUUAUCACCAUCGGGAGACUGCUGCCCAGCAGCUGCUGGAAAACCACAUCCAGACAAGCAUCGUUAAACAGCUCAGCCAGGACAUUGAGGUUUUGGAGCAGGAAAUCAGAACAAGGGAUGGUUCUGCAGCAGAAACUAAUUUUGUGGUUCAAACUCUGGACCAUAAAUACAGUCAGUGUCUUGGGGACCUGCGUGGAAGAGUGGCAAGAUGCGAGGCAAGCAUUGCAAAGCUGUCGGGAGACAUCAGUAUUAUCAGGCACGAGGCCCAAAAGACUGACAAAGAGAUCUAUGGCCUUCACUCUACCCUGAAAAAUGGUGUUGCUGAUUUCGAAAAAAAAGUAAUGCAGCUAUUAGGGAAGAUAGAGACUUCCAACUCUGAUCAAAGCUCAAAUUUAAAGACAGUCCAGGGAGAUCAACAUCACAAAUUGCAACUUCUGGAUUUCAAGUUGGCAAGUGUUCUAAGUGACUUCAGAGAUCAGAUACAGACUCAUCGGAAGUGGACAGAAGCACAGUUGGCACGAUCUGAAGAAGGUCAAGCCCAGCAGAGGCAUCAGCUGCUUGACUCGGUGAAGGAGAGACUGAUAAGAGUUUCCAAUUCAGAAAGCUUGGGCUGGAGAUGGGCACAUGAAAGCGAUCUGAAACAGGUUGCAAAAUGUGACAACAAAUCACUGGAUUUAAUUGACUAUAUGAAUAAAGAAAGAGCAGAAAAAAGAGUAGAGGAAAAGCUCCUAUUUCUGUCACUAAAGCUAGAACAAAUGGAUAAACCACAGAAGUAUGAAAAGCAGCUGAACCAGAUGAGAAGUGAUGAAAAAAAACUGCAUGAAAAACUAACCAGAUUUGAAAGACAGAUCUGGAAGGAGAUUGAGGAAACCCAAAAUGAAUACAGAUCAGGAUUUCAAUCCAUUCAUGAGUCUCUGGAGCUGCUCAGACAAAUACACAACACAAAGCUGAAACUUGAAAAAAAGAAAAUUCAUAAAGACAUGAAAAAGGUACAACGGAAGUGA